AUCUAGGGAAAACACACAGCGGUCCGGUGUCACCUCCCAAAUCAGAGAGCUGAAAACAGCGAGUCACAUUGGAAACAGGUACUUUAUUUAAAUAGUGUGUAUAUCAAACUUAGCUCGUUUACACAAAAUAUAACAAAGCUUUUAAAGGAAACUAUAGGCACCAAAACAACUUUAAAUAUACAAAAUGAAUCCCUGCACUCAAACUGCCACCACUCCUGAGUGACAGCAAUAACCAUAGUACAUAUCAUCCCCAAUACAUACCUUAAAAACCAUUGUAAAUAUUGACUUGCACACUAUGCCAAAUGCCUAUGCAUGUUUAAAUAGCUGGCAUUUUUAGAAUCUCUCCGAUUGGCCAUUCAAGUGAUAUUAAAAAUUCUCCAGUUAUAUAAAUGUGCAUAGGGUUUCAGUAUAGUUGCAAGUAAUCCAAGCAGUUUUGGUGUAUCGGUCACUCCCCGCAGUCUCACUGCUCAGUUCUCUGCCGUAAAGGAGUUAAAACACAUUGUUUCUGGUUAUGAAGCCCUAACCACACCUGGCUGUGACAGCGGCAUGAGGAACUGCACCACAAGGGGGAGCCAAAGCCUAAUGCAUUUCAGACGCCGGGGUCCUUACUCAUAGUAAUCCCUCUGAGAAAGGAAUUCUGGAUCUGAAACACGUUCGGCUUUGGCUCCCCCCGUUGUGCAGUUCCUCAUGCCAAUGUUGUUCUUACUAAUAAAGGUGCAAUGAUUUGUGUACUCUGCUGGAGCAUAUUAUUUUUGUUGUAACAGGUCCAGUGUUUUCUUUGUCUAGAGACCUCUUCUUCUACCUGACUAGCAGCAGUACUUUGGUGAGUAUCUGUCAUUGUCUUUCCAUAUUUAUUGUGUUCCUCAGAUUUAUUCUUUUUAUUCCCUAUUUUAACUGUCACCAGUCAUCAGAACUUUUUAUAAACUAUUAUGAAUGUCAUGUGAAUGAAUAAAUUAAUACAUUUCGUCUAAGGCAAAGAAACGUUUUAUUUUACUGUAAGAACAAUCAGGAUGUGGAAUUCUCUGCCUGAAGAAGUGGUUUUAUCAGAGUUCAUACAGAUGUUCAAACAGCAACUAGAUUAAUACUUGCAAAAACAGAAUAUGUAGGGUAAUAACUGCUUGAUCCAAGGAUUAAACUGACUGCCAAGAAGGAAUUUUUUUCCUAGUUUGUCGCAAAAUUGGAAGUGCUUCAAACUGUGUUUUUUGGAUUAACAGGGAAAAAACAAAUGUGAGGAAGGCUGAACUUGAUGGACACAAGUCUCUUUUCAGCUAUGUAACUAUGUAACAUUGGUGGUGUAGAUGGGUACCAUUGAUCUGUUUAAAGGGUUUGAGGGUACACUAAAUCGAAAUGACAUCAACUUACAGCUGACCUUAGAAAUUAAGGUAAACAGCUAAUCUUUUUGUAUAUUACAAUUAAGGUUAAACAGGAUGGUAACGUAGCAACAACUUUGUUCAGAAAAUCAACAGCUACUAAUAACCCCCAUAACUGAGAAAACCAUCCCUCUCCAGCCCUGAAGGGAGGUAUACCAGUUGGAGAGUACCUCCACUUGAGAUGGAAUUACUUGUCUACUGAUGCUUUAAAAUCAAAGCCAAAACCCUGAGGGCACAAUUUAAAGAAAAGGGUAACCCAAAUAAAUGUCCUAGAAGGGCGUACAAAAUAGCAUUAAAAAUUUGAUUUAUUUAUAUUUCUCUACAAAUUAUUUUACCAGGAAAGAUACAUUGAGAUUUCUCUCGUUUUCAAGUAUGUCCUGGGUCCACAAAUCAUUGCACUGAUACAUUAGGGUACAAUAAAAUACAAAACAAUAUUAAUACACAAUAUAUAAAAAAUUUAACAUAGAACAGGUAGGAAAUAUAUAAUCAACCAUGACAGGUGCAUUCUGUUUUGAGAUAUGUUGAGAGGGAUCUCUUAAAGGACUUUAGGCUUGGGGAAGAUUUUAAAGUGUGCGGGAGGUCGUUCCAUAAUUGCUGCGCUCUGUAGGAGAAGGAGGAUUGGAAGCUUUCUUUUUAUAUUGAGGUAGACUAAAUAAAGUGCUGGUACUGGAUCGGAGGUUAUAGGAGGUGGGAACAGCUGAGGAGAGCAUUUUGCUCAGGUAGGGUGGGAGUUUCCCAGAAAAGAUCUUUUGAUGGAAAAUUUACCCACUGGAACAAAAAAAUAACUAAUUAGAUGCAUAGGUACCUUCGACGCAAGAUGGUAUUCUGUUAAAAGUGUCUUGGAAAAAUGUUGUCACUCCUACAGCAGGAUAGACAGCUUAAUGAAGUUAUCACUCCUCAUGUCUCAAUUACCGCAUGAAGAGGACGCAACGCAACUUAAGGGACAUUUUGGUUCCAAGUCACUUAAAAAUCACCUACUAAUGGAACUUGGCUUAAGUCUCCCACAAUUGGGACAUACCAAUGUGGGAGAUGUAAGGCAUGCAAAUAUAUUCCCAGACAAUACAAGUCCUUCUCAAAUUCAAGAAGUACGGACACGUUAACCACCAAGUCCUUUUUCAAUUGUCAAACUACAUGAGUCAUCUAUUUACUUACUUGUAGUAUUCAAAAAACAAUAUGUGGGAAAAACAUGAUGCCCACUCAAGAAACUCGCUGAGGUAUAAAACGGGGGACCAUACACCAGUCAUUCAGGAAACGAACAAGGGGGCACGGACAACCAAACACAAGGGAAUAAAGUCUGCUACAACCCCAAUUUCCAAACAUCUGAAAUUACAUCAGGGGGUUCGGCGGAUAAAAUAAGUUUCUGUGGCAUUGAAAAAGUAACCUUGGCAUCCAGAAAAGGGGACCUAGAUAAGAAGCUAUUCCAGAGGGAUAGACUCAAAUAUUUAGACUCAAAAACGCUGGCUCAAUGUAGCCUGAAAGAAGGAUUUUCGUUCACUUUAAUCAUCUUUGAAUAAAGAUGUAAUAGCUGUUUUAUAUUGUUUAUUCUAAUAGCACUGUAUAUACUUUUAAGUAUCUUUUUGACAAGAUUAUCUCAUUGUAAAUAUGUAUUAUGUAUAUGACAUUGUGUAGCUCAUUGAAUUAGAAUUACACUUGUCCUCUCCUAUGACUGAAGUGGGAAUAUAUAUAUAUAACAUUACGGACAUCAUGGCCAUAAAAAGGACACAUUUUAAGGUGUCCGCUUUUUAGAAUCAUUUGUUGUUUUGCAAAGAUGUAUAUACAGUAAUAUGAUGAUUAGAGACAUAAACAAAGACUAGUAUCUUCUAUGAUUUCCUUGACAAUAACGUACUAAAUAAGGUAUCUUAUAGGGAACACUCCAACUAAUUAUAAUAUCUUAAAUAUCUGAAAUAUCCCCACGAAAGGAAUACAUAUUGUAUGACUUAAUUUAGGCACAUUCUGAUGAACUUACACCAAAUUUACGAAUACAUAUAUGAUGAUAGCAAAGUUUGUUCUUGCUGUGAGUUCGAUAUAAGAGAAAGACAUUCAUUUACCUUAUGACACUAAAAUGCCUAAUUAAAUGACUUAGAUACAAUAUUCAAAGUAGAGAAGGGGAAUAACAUGGACACAUUUGAUAUAUAUUUGAGAUAUCUAUGAAGUUAUAUACCAUCAAUACACCAUUUGGCUAAUAUGUCUAAAUUACAGAUACCCAAUUGAACGAUAUAUCUAUGGGCACUUUGUAAUGCUAACUGUUAUUAAUUGUAGAUUAUAUUUAUGAGAAAUACUAUUUCUUCAUUUUAUUAUUUACUAGUUGUCUAUUUUUGAAUACAUGCAGAACAUAUUGUUAUCACCGCUCAAUGGGUCUAGAUCUACAUCAGUUAUUAAAUCAACAUGGGAUGUUGUUAUCAUAUUAAUUUGGAAGCAUUUAAUCUUGCAGAGUUAGAUAGAGAACCUCACAAUUACCCCUCCCCGCAGUAUAAAGUCGAUUGACAGGCCUUAGAGGGAAGGCGGUGCAUAUGAAAAUGACAUCAUUGGAUUAAAGCUCACGCCUCCUGUAUGACGUCUCCACUCACGAUUAGCCAUUAAAAUAGUUUCCCACAUGGGUUAUAUAGGUAAAAGGAGGACCACACUCAAUGGAUUUUUUUUCCCUGAGGAAGGUGCACACCAGGUUGCACCGAAAUGCGCGUCGGGUUCUUGGAUGUUUGGGCACUUAUCACCUAUCUCUUGUAUGUUGCCACUUGAUGAUGUCUAUUGAGAAUAUACAUAUGCUUGUUUGUCACUAUAAUUUCUGACUCCUUUACCUAUCUAGUUAGAUUACCAGGGAGAGAGGCUUCUAUCAUUUUUAUUCUGUAUACGAUCUAAUUACUUCACUUUAGUAUCAGCUACCUGACCAUAUAUCCAUAUACUUGAUACAUUUUGGUAUUGCAUUACCUCUUAGCAAUCAGCCACUACAUAAUAGACAUGUGCAUUCGUUUUCGUACGAAACGAUUUUGUCCGAAAAUUCAGUUUUUUUCAUAUUCGUUUACUAAAACGUAAACGAAACCCUACAAACUAAAUAUAAACUAAACAAAAGGGCAAAUGCCUAAUGCAUUACCUUUUCGUUUUGUACGUUUAAUGGACUCCGUGCUGCAGGGGAAUUAACCCCCACAGCACAGAGAAAUAACAGUGAGCACCCUUGCAUUAAAACCUAUGGGGGUGACUAUGACCCCCAUAUUAAUAAAAGGAAGGUUAAAUCCUCCCGCAUGUGCCCACUCGGCCACUGGCUGCUUGCUGUCAUUUCAAACUUAAUAUAAAUCAGUAUGGGGGUCACCUAAUGUCCCCCCCAGGUCGCACCCAUGAGCGGCGGGUGUGGACCCUAAAUUAAUAACAAGGGGGGAUCUAAUGUCCCCCCUAGGUCCCCACUCAUGAGUGGUGGGUGGGGACCCUAAAUAAAUAAAUAAUGGGGGGACCUAAUGUCCCCCCCAGGUCCCCACCCAUCAGCGGCGGAUGGGCACCCUAAUUAAUUAAGGGGGGGGACCUAAUGUCCACCCUGGUCCCCACCCAUGAGCAGCGGGUGAGGACCCUAAAUAAAUAAAUAAUGGGGAGGACCUAAUGUCAGAGUGACCCACAUACUGAUUUAUAUUUAGUUUGAAAUUACAGCAACAGCAUUGGCUGCUCGUUGUUAAGGCGGCAUGCCCCUACUAACAGCAUGCCUCCCUUUUAUUAAUAUUGGGGUCAUAGUGACCCCAAUAGGUUUUAAUGAAGGGGGGGUUAGGAAUAGUUAUUUAUUACAAGGAGGUAGCUGGUAGCGCUGCCGGCUCCCUGCUUCCUUUUUUGCACAUGAGCAGUGCUACAAAAUCUUUUUUACGAAUUUCGUUUGAAAACAAAUGGUUUGCAGACAAAAUUCGGGAUUGACAAAUUAAAUUUUUAUUUAGCACGAAAUCAUUUGUACGAAAUGAAAAUUUGACUGGUGCACAUAUCUACUACAUAAGGGGUUAUUCAAGUUUGGUUCAGGAGUUCAUUAGCAUAUAAAUUUGGUCAGGUGUGAUGAAGUGAAGAUGGAUGUACGCUUGCACGCAUCAGGAGGUGGGGUCUGAGGGUCUGAGGGGUUGAGGGACUGAGUGUGACGGACAGCUGUAUGUAGCCGCAUUGUUACGGCGUCCUAGGGAGAGCGAUCUGGAAACUGGAUGCUAAGGGACGGACAGCAAACUAAGCUAUGCAGGGGAAAGUGACAAGCGACAAAUACCCUUGGCAGUCUGGGAAUCCGGAGAGGAGAAAACAGUGAGGAGAAAGGCAAUGUGAGGCUUCGUGAGAGGCAGCACAUAAAGAAAAAUUCCAUAAGGGUAAUUUCAACUCAUGAAAAAGGAUGAGAGAGCCCUGUAAGAUAAGUGAAAACAAUCCUUCUUUUUACUACUAAUAAAAAAGAAGUUGAUAAUACGCUACCUAUAAAAUAACCUAAUCUAUAAGGUCGCAAGUAAAUAUAUGUGAUCAUACACAACUGAAAUUAGCCAACCACAAGUAAAAUUUUCCCAACAUUAUAAACUGUGAGAAAAAGCAAAGGAGAAGGGGGAAUGAUGUGGUAAAGGUGGUUCCGAAUAAGAGUUCGGAAAGAAGGACUUAGUCAUGAGCACACUUAGAGGUAGUUCCACGAGACUUAGGAGGAGGACGAGUGGGUCCUCCAACUUAGUUUGGGAUGUAAGGUUUUUCCCUAAAUAUACAGGGGGAUCUGUUUAUAUUUUAAAUGUUGUAAGUGUUGUCAAGGUGUCAAUAUAGAGCUAAGGACUUAACAGAACAUUCUAAAUACGUACAAUUUCACUGAAAUAAAAGAAGCUUUCAAUUAUCUGGGAGUUACGUUUUCUAAAAAAAGUGGAUAGGAUUGUCAACAUACUGAGAAUUUUAAAAUCCACUAAUAUUACUUUGAAAACAUGGGGUAAUGUGAUGAAAAAUGGCAAGGUAGAAUCAACAUAGUAAAUGCUUAUAUUCUACCUAUAUGGACCUAUUUCUUUAAAAUGGUACCACUAAGUAUACCUGAGGGUUGGUUAGAUCUUAUCCAAGGAAGUUUUAGAAAUUUUAUAUGGAAGGGGAAAAACCUUGGAGAGGCUUGGAGUGUUUAGGUAAUAGGGUUUACCAAGGAGGUGUAAACUUUCCUAAUAUAAAAAAAUGACAAAGCCAGUAGGGUAUACCAUGUUGAUUUAUUAACCCAAAAAGCAAUGAUGAAAGAAGGGUGGUUUAGAUUGGAAAUUGAAUCACUUAAUAAGUCUGAACUGAAAAAACUGAAAUGGAAAAAAACAGCUACUCAAGGCUGAAACAAAUAAAAACCAAGAUAAUGACAUAUAAUAAUAACAUAUAUUUAUACUAUGGCACAAAAUUACAAAAAAAUGUUUAAUGUACAGACAAAAUAUUUUGUUUCUUGGAAAUAGAGAUUUUAGAACUCCUCAUUGGAGAUCUAUCUUUGGCCAACUGGAAAAGUAGGAAGAUCAAUACCUUAGAUCAGGGGUAGGCAACCUACGGCACUAGUGCCAUGCACGGCACUUGAGGGGUCUUUGUACGGCACUCAAGGCUGCUAGAGCCAAAUGCACUCUGGCCUAUCAGGAGUCCCAGUAAAACUUCAGAUAUUUGCUAAUACGAAGACGUGGUGAAGGACAAUCCUCAAUUUAUGCAUUGCAGCACAGAGGAACUGAUCUCAGAUCACUGCCUCCCGGCACUUGUGAAUGGGAAUCCACACUUUAGUAGAGCAGCCCUUGACAGCUAUCGCAGAUCCUGUCCUUGACCUGUACCUGGCCAGCCUGGUCCCCACUGGAACCCAGGGAACCCACCCACACUGCUAGAUAUACACAGAAAUGCACAACAACCCUCCCCUCAUACAAAUAAUACGAACAGCCCACAAACAAAUAUACACACAAUCCGCACAAACGCAACACCACUAACAAUACACAUACAUGCACACAACCCCACAUGCAGCCUCUCACAUGCAAUACCCCAAACAGCCCCCACACACUACCAAACACACAAUGUGACAUAUCCACCCACACACAAUUCCACAAGCAGCCCUCAUACACAGCCCACAUUUAUAUGUAUAAUACACAAUACCAUAAACUGCUAAUGAACAUAUACAAUAUAAUAGCUCAUAUACGCUCAAAUAUGAUACAAAGCAAUUACAGUAAAAAUAACAAGCAGAAUACGGCAGCAUAGACACCUCAAUUUAAAAAAAUUGGAUCUGCACUCUACAGGACAUCACAAUCCUAUAUCGGCACAGUGCUGCUAAAAGGUUGCCUACCCUUGCUUUAGAUAAUAGUUUGAAUGGGAGAUGUAUUUAAGCUUUUUCUGCUUUAGUCUUGGAAUAGAGUACGUAAAUAUCCACAGAAAUUGUUUAACCCUCUCCAUCCUGGUCAUCUUUUUAUUAAACAAUAGUGGGGAGGUCUCUCUCCCCUCACGGCUCCUUUGUUUCUAGCCACGUUUAACUUAUGCCCUCUACUAAUAGCCUCGUGGCCCUGCCACAUGGGUUACAAUAGUCCUGCUUUAAUGUGCCUCUCCAGCCUCCAUCUGUGGUGCAGGUCCCCUCUCCGAUCGUGUGAGUCUCUCGUGUUGCAGGGAUGGCUUGUUCUCUGGAACCUCUGUCAGAGUGCCGUUGCUCGUGUAGGGUGAGGGUUGUCCGUGGAAGCGUGUGGCAUGGAUGGGUGUUUCUCUUGAGGAGCUGUGGCCCGCCUUCACUGCGGGGUAUGCAGGAGCCCAACGGUCCAUGUUGGGUGUCUGUGUGGGACCUCCGCUUUGCCCUCCGCCGUGUUGCUCGUGGUUUGAGCCUGGAUCUUUUCUUCUGAAUGUUUACCAGUGUGAGGUUGGAUUGGGGUGAAGUCGCUUUGUUUCGGGGAGCUUUCUGGCUGCCGGAGUGGCUGGGUGUGCGCACCCUGAGGUGGGUGGAUGGACUGCCGUAGCUGCUUGUUUUUUUAUAGCAGGUGAGACUUUGCAGGGAGGUCUGAAUUGUAAGCGCCUCCAAAAUGCUUGGCAUAUUUGCUCGAACUGCCGCUCAAAUUGUAUUCUCCAGCGCUGGAGCUCUGGGUCCUCGUUUUUCUGCUGCAAGGGCUGAACGGUAGCCAUCUUGGGCGCAUCGUGUGGCUCUCUGCUCGGUAAGAAUGUAUCGUGCAGUAGGUGAGCAUGAGUCCCAAGCGUGGACCAGGAUAUGGGGGUGGGUGACGGGAGGACUUUAAAGCCGCGCAGUGCGGGCCCCAUGUCGGGGCAUCGGCCGCCUCCCCCGGCAAUCAGGUCUACCGCCAUGUUAGGCCUCAGACGCGGAUCUCGACGAUCCGGCAUUAAAAGUUGCUUGUGUGACAUCUGUGUAGUCAGCUUCCCUUUGCCUGUCGUGUGGUCGGCCGGUUUUAUGUUUUCUGGGCUGUUUUGUGCCUUUUCGCCAUCGUUUUAUGGUCUGCAGAGCAGGAGCUGAGCCCACAUGUGUCCACUCAGCUCGGCCUCCAGGCCCCACUCCAGGAGAAGCAUGUUAGUUUUUUCAUUUAUUUUACUUUAUUGUACGCUGAAUGGUGAUGCUUCAUUAACAGUAGUCUAUCUCUAUACAUAUAUUGAGAUUGUAUAAUACUUUGUAGGAUAUUUAAUUUUUAUCCAAUCUUUUAUCCAGUCUUUCUCCACAAACCCCUACUAAAUCCACUAAAUACAUGCUCUCAUCCCUGACAUUUAAAUCUUACUCCCACCUUCUCUUCCUUUCCAUCCUACUGCUCCUAGCAGCUGGUGAUGUUUUUCCAAACCCUGGUCCAUCCUCUACUAAGCCACCAGGUACUAACACCAGAAACCACAACAACCUUAUACCAAUUCCAUGCAAUUCUCAUUAUAAUUCCUCCUUUAAAGCUGCCCUCUGGAAUUCACGCUCUAUGUGCAGCACCUUUAAAUCAACUUCCAUCCAUGACCUAUUUAUCUCACACUCCCUAAACCUACUUGCACUAACAGAAACAUGUCUCUCUCCCUCUGAUACUGCUACCCCUGUCUCACUGUCCUUUGGUGGUCUUCACUUCACCCACAAUCCAAGACCAGCUGAGAUUAAAGGUGGCGGUGUAGGUUUUCUCCUUUCCCCCCACUGCUCCUUUAAAACUCUGCCCACGACCUCUUCCCUCUCUUUCCCAUAAUUUGAAAUUCAUUCAAUUCGCCUUUUCAAACCCUUCUCUGCUAACAUUGCUGUUAUCUAUCAUCCCCCUGGUUCCUCUCUCCUCUUCCUUGACCACUUUGCUGCCUGGCUACCCUACUUCCUAUCUUCUAACAUUCAAUCCCUAAUUCUUGGAGACUUUAAUAUUCCCAUUAACCCACCUUUGACCCCAGCAGCCUCUAAACUACUUUCAAUUACUUCCUCCCUUGGGCUAUUGCAGUGGGCUAAUUCUCCCACCCAUGUAGCUGGCAAUACCCACAAUCUUAUUUUCUACUAUUCAUGCACAGUAUCUAAUAUCUGCAACACUCCAUUUCCUCUCUCUGAUCACCAUCUCUCAUCAUUUGCUCUCGAUUACCCACUCACCCAACAACCUCAGCCUAACCUUAAUUCUAUUGAACUCCAGCAGAUGUCAGCUGACAUUGAUUCACAACUGCUAUCCAUCCCUUCCCUCUCCUGUACCUCACUGGCCAUCUCCACAUAUAACACUACCCUCACCUCUGUCCUGAACACUGCAGCCCCACUCCAAACAUGCACCUCAAGGAGGACAUUACCCCAACCUCGGCAUACUAAAUCAACACGCUAUCUGCAGAGUUGCUCCCGUUGUGCCGAACUCUCCUGGAGGAAGUCCCGCACCCAGGCAGACUUUCUUCAUUAUAGAUUCAUAUUGCGUUCAUACAGCGCAGCCCUCGCCCUUGCCAAACAGUCAUACUUUUCCUCUCUCAUUAGUUCAUGCUCCCGCAAUCCCAGACAUCUCUUUGACACCUUUAAUUCUCUUCUCCGCCCUACUGUGGCCACCUCCCAACCUAACCUUACAGCUGAUAGCUUUGCAUGCUACUUUACCGACAAGAUUGAACAGCUAAGGAAAUAAUUCUCCCCUCCUUGCUGUUCUCUUUCUCAACCACACAUAUAUCAUGCCUUUCCUACCCUUCAGACUUUCUCCCCGGCUACUGAACAAGAGGUGGCUGAGCUUCUCCAUUCCUCUCGCCCCACCACUUGCCCGCUCGAUCCUGUCCCGUCUCACCUAAUCAGAUCUCUCUCCCCUUGUCUUGUGCUUCCCUAACACACAUCUUCAACUGCUCUAUCUCUUCUGGCACUGUUCUUGCUGACCUUAAACAUGCCACUGUAGUACCUAUCCUUAAAAAAAAUCUCUUGACCCAUCCUCCUCCCAUUUUCCUGCUCCCCUUUUCCUCAAAGCUUCUGGAAAGACUUGUCUUUAUCCAUGUGUCUUGCUUCCUCAAUUCCAAUUCUCUCCUUGACCCUCUUCAGUCUGGCUUCUGCCCUCUCCACUCUACUGAGACUACUGUUAUCAAAGUUACUAAUGACCUAAUCGCAGCUAAAUCCAAAGGUCACUACUCCAUACUAAUUCUCCUUGACCUCUCUGCUGCCUUUGACACCGUUGAUCAUGCUCUCCUCCUUCAAACUCUUCAAUUGCUCUGUCUCUGUGACUCUGUCCUCUCAUGGUUUUCCUCUUAUCUCUCCCAACGCUCAUUCAGUGUCUCCUUUUCCAAGGAUACCUCCUACCCUCGUCCUGUCUCGGUUGGAGUUCCCCAAGGCUCUGUCCUUGGUCCCCUUCUAUUUUCUCUUUAAACUGCCUCUCUUGGCAAACUUAUUGCCUCUUUUGGAUUCCACUACCACCUGUAUGCUGAUGACACUCAGAAAUACCUCUCCUCCCCGAACCUCUCCCCUGCCAUCUUGCAACGUGUCACUGCUUGUCUUGCUUUCAUCUCUGACUGGAUGUCCUUGCACUUUCUGAAACUCAAUCUCUCUAAAACUGAACUCCUUGUCUUUCCUCCUCAUAAUACUGAUCCUCCUCUCUUGCUCUCCCUUUAAGUCAGUGGUAUCCAGCCCAUACUUGCAAGCAUGCUGUCUUGUCGUCAUACUUGACUCUGGCCUCACCUUUGAGCCUCACAUCCAGUUUGUAGCCAAAUCCUGUAGAUACCAACUUAAAAACAUAGCCCGCAUCUGCACAAGAUGCUACCAAGGAGUGCCUGAGUGCCAGCUCUAGUAAUUUUCCGCAUGGAUUAUUGUAACCCUCUCCUGAUUGGUCUCCCCAAAAGCUGUAUUGCCUCGCUACAGUCUGUAAUGAAUGCCGCCGCCAGACUUAUUUUCCUCUCACACCUCACCCCUCUGCCAGCCCUUACAUUGGAUCCCUGUAUCCUAUAGGAGUCAAUUCAAAGUGCUAACCCAUACAUUUAAAGCACUGAACAAUUCUAGCCCCUCUUAUAUCUCUUCACAGAUCCAAAGGUAUGCCCCUCCUUGUUACCUCCGCUCUGCCCGUGAGCACCUCCUGUACCCUGUUCGCACCCGUACAGCCAAAUCACGCUUGCAGAACUUCUCUUGGGUGGCUCCUCUCCUAUGGAAUAGCCUGCCUACCCCAUCAGACUCUCCCCUAGUCUUCAAUCCUUUAAGAAGUGCCUUAAAACCCAUCAAUUUAGGAAAGCUUAUGGCCUCCAAGAGUAACCUCUACCUUACAUACCUGUCUCUUACUCUCUCCUAUAGGGCAGUGCUUUACUCUCUCCUCCAACUCUGCUUCACUCCCGCCCUAUUUGGUUGAUGUUUCCUGUCCUAGUGUGUUUUAUACCCCACCUCCUAUAGACUGUAAGCUCGUUUGAGCAGGGUCCUCUUCAACCUACGGUUCCUGUAAGUUUUCUUGUAAUUGUCCUAUUUAUAGUUACAUCUCCCCCUCUCAUAAUAUUGUAAAGUGCUACAGAAUCUGUUGGCGCUAUAUAAAUGGCAAUAAUAAUAAUAAUAAUAAUACAGGUCGCAUUUACCCACAUUUUGUGGAUUAUGUGCUUAUUGUAUCAUUGAGUUUGCAAGAUAAAGUUAAGCCCUAAGAUACCCCUGGAGUGUCAAACUGGUGCACAGAUUCCAGUAUUUUGUUGUCCUGGUACCUGAAUGUACCUGAUGUUGUUUGAUCCAAUAAAUUAAUAAACUCUUUUACAUUCUUUUACAGGAGUGGCAAAAUGUCUAAUUACCAUAUCCGCCUGUACGAAGACUCAGACUAUAAAGUUGUCUCGGAACUCUUUGCACGUGGUAUGAAUGAGCACUCUCACGAGGCCUUCCGUCAUGCUAUAAGUGUCCCACGAAAUUGGCUUUUCAUGCUGGUCAUGUUCCUGGUUUCUUUCUGGAUCACUGGAUCCGUUAUUAUGCCCCUCCUGGUUCUGAUAACAGAAUUAAGUUUCCUCUGGAUCUGUUCGAGAUAUAUCUAUUCAUCCUACGUUGAUCAAUGCCUGUCAGAUGACAUGUUGGACAUCCAAAAAUAUUACUUGCAGAGAGAUGGUGGCUGCUUUUGGGUGGCGGAGUCUGGUGGGAUAGUGGUGGGUACAGUGGCUACUGUCCCAUCAUCUAAUUCACUUGGAGAGAAACACACUGAGCUCAAGAGGCUGUCUGUUGCCGAGAGUCACAGAGGUAAAGGGAUCGCUAAAGCCUUGUGCAGGACGGUUAUCGAUUUUGCCCGCCAGAGAGGUUGUGAGGCUGUUGUCCUGGAGACUUCAUCAGCCCAGAUUGAUGCUCAAAAGUUAUACGAGAAAAUUGGUUUCUUCCAAACUCACAUGAUUCGUCUAACUUUCUUCACAGGAAGACUUCUCGACUUUAUAGUAUUAUUUUAUCGAUAUAAUAUAUCAACAAACAGGUGAAAUCUCUAAUAAAUCUCUUGAAAUAAAA